CUCAAAAGAGUGAACAGCACUUACUAUAGCAAAAAAUUGACUGACUAACUGAAGGAGCUCAUACUAAUUCUGAAGCAACGUACUAGAUUCUAGUGAAGUGAUAUGGUGAACUGCUGUAGGUGUAACAGAACUGGGCGAUGUGGAAAUUGUGCCUGUGUAAAGGCAAAAAAAAGUUGCCUAAAUUGCCUCCCGAGCCGCCUAGGCUCUUGCCAGAAUGCUGCACACCCUACUGGUAUCACCCCUACUACCACCACUACUGCUCAUGAUCAAACACCAAGUACUACUCCGACAGAUGAGUCUACCACCACUACCGCUCAUGAUCAAACACCAAGUACUACUCCGACAGAUGAGGAUCUAACUGCUCCAGAUACCUCCGAUUCGGAGCCUGAGCAAGACCCGACCCAACCCACCUCAACAGCAACUGACUCCCAAAAUGUCAGUCAACAUGAAGUAGAGCCACUACCUUGCUAUACACCCAUCUCAGAACCAAAUUUUGUGUGGGGAUGUGAAGAUAGCCAGAAUUUCAAGGGUGAUCUAAAUAGAAUUUAUGAUGAAGCUGUCCACUGGAGGAGAAACCUCUUCAAAGUACCAUCAGGAAAACCAGGAAAAUCCUUUGUCCGUGAGCUGACCCGCCUGUUUAGGGCUUAUGCAGAGGGCUCAGCACUUGAAGGUGUUGCUUUGAAAGCUGCAAUGACUAUGCCAGCAUUACUGCUCCAGAAACCCAGCUCAAAGUCUAAAGCGAAAGAACAUGCCUCACACCUUGAACGUCGACUAAAACUCUGGUCUGAAGGACAGCUUGUCAACUUGCUAUAUGAGGGUAGAUCUAUUCAAAAACAGCUCCACAGAAACCAGCCCCCUCAGCAAAACCAAGACCAAGAAGAUAGAAUGGCAAAAAAGUUUGUCAAGCUAAUGAGUGAGGGCAAAGUACGUGCAGCGAUGAGGCUUAUCACAAACACAGGCAGCACAGGCUUACUCAAUCUGGAAAAUCCAGCAAGCCCGAAUGACCCUAACAGCACAAAGACAGUUCGAGAUGUACUUGUGGAAAAACACCCACAAAAACAGCCCCCCAAGAUCACCUCUAUCACGGAACAAGACUACACUGUAGAAGACCCACACCCGAUUGUUUUUGAGGAAAUAAACGGCCCUUUGAUUCGGGACACUGUUCUGAGAAUGGACGGUGCAGCAGGACCCUCGGGCCUUGAUGCUGCUUCGUGGAAACGGCUGUGUACCUCUUUUAAAGGUGCAUCAAACGACCUAUGUGAAGCACUGGCGGCCACAGCCAGAAGAAUCUGUACUACUUUAGUAGACCCAUCCGGUUUGACUGCUUUUGUUGCAUGUCGCCUCAUUGCUCUAGACAAAUGCCCGGGUGUGAGGCCAAUUGGCAUUGGGGAAGUCUCUAAAAGAAUCAUCAACAGAGCCAUAGCAAGAGUGCUAAAUGAGGACAUCCAGCAAGCUGCCGGACCCCUGCAGGUGUGUGCUGGCCAUCGCUCGGGCUGUGAAGCAGCAGUCCAUGCGAUGAGGCAGGUCCUUGAAGACUCAGAAACUGAAGCCAUCCUUAUGGUGGAUGCGACAAAUGCUUUCAACUCCCUCAACAGACAAACUGCCCUCAGAAAUAUUCAUAAACUCUGCCCGCCACUAUCCAAAGUCCUUAUCAAUACCUACAGAGAAGAUAUUAAUUUGUUUAUUGGUGGAGAAACAUUACUAUCACAAGAGGGCACGACCCAAGGAGACCCACUGGCAAUGGCAAUGUACGCCAUAGCCACCAACCCUAUUAUCAAUAAGCUAAGUAAGGAACACACCAAACAAGUAUGGUUUGCAGAUGAUGCCUCAGCAUCUGGUGACCUCCACAGCCUAAGAAAAUGGUGGGAUACUCUUAACAACAUCGGCCCAGACUAUGGAUAUUAUCCAAAUGCAUCCAAAACGUGGCUUGUGGUGAAAAAUGGAUGCCAAAUUAAAGCAAAUGAAAUGUUUGGAAACACGGAAGUCGGUAUAUCUGAGGGAGGCCAGAGAUACCUAGGCUCAGCAAUCGGAAAGCAGUCCUUCCUGGAUACUUACGUCCAACAGAAGGUUGACACCUGGGUAGAAGAACUGAAAAGCCUCUCUUCAAUAGCCACCACCCAACCUCACAGUGCUUUCGCUGCUUUCACACAUGGUUUCGCUAGUAAAUGGACAUAUUUGGCUCGAACCACCCCAGGCAUUGCUAACCUCCUUAAGCCACUAGAAGAAACAAUAAGGACAGUCUUUUUGCCAAAAUUGACUGGACAGAAUGCCUUUGGUGAUCUGGAAAGACAGAUAAUGGCACUCCCAGCCCGCCAUGGGGGACUUGGUAUAGCAAACCCGUGUGAAACAAGCCCUGGUCAGUUCACGAUGAGCAUGUCAAUCUCAGCACCACUAGUCAGCCUGAUACUUGACCAAUCCGAUAUAUAUGAACCUACAAUGAAGCAAGAGCAAGCCAGACUGAGGAACAAUGCCAAAAAAUUCCGCCGACAGAUGGAAGCCAGGACAGCAAGUGAGCUAAAUGAAGAACUACCAAACAAUUUGAAAAAAAUGGUUGGAAUAUGGUCAGAGAAAGGUACCUCAAGCUGGAUAACAGCGCUGCCUAUUGCAGAGCAUGGUUUCAUGCUACACAAGGGAGCCUUCAGAGAUGCUCUUUGCCUCAGGUACGGCUGGCGGCCUCAGAACCUACCCUCUCACUGUGUCUGUGGACUUCACUUCACAGUAGAGCAUGCACUCAGCUGCUCUAGGGGAGGAUUUCCAACAAUAAGACAUAAUGAAAUACGCAACAUCACAGCAAAUCUUAUGAGCGAAGUAUGUCCAGAUGUGGGUAUUGAACCAACCUUACAGCCUGUGACGGAAGAGCAGUUCCAACUUAGGACAACCAACCGGGAGGAUGGGGCUCGCCUUGAUGUUGUGGCCCAGAGCUUCUGGAGCAACGAUAGACAGAGUGCAUUUUUUGAUGUCAGGGUCUUCAACCCGUACGCACCUACCUAUCGCCGCUCCACCAUGGCCCAGAGCUACAGAAGAAACGAGAUGGAGAAGAAGAGAGCAUAUGAACAGCGUGUAAGAGAAGUCGAACAUGGAUCGUUUACGCCUUUGGUUUUCUCUGCUGCUGGAGGUAUGGGUCCGGCUGCAGAUAUUGUCUACAAGAAACUAGCUUCAAUGCUGGCAGAGAAACAGGACAAAACAUACAGCACAACUCUGAAUUGGAUGAGAUGUAGGCUAAAUUUCUCCCUCACUUUAAGAUCAGAGAUUAUGUGCAUCAGAGGCUCUAGGAAGUCAUUCACCACCACCACACCAUGGAAGGCCUUAGACACUGGCACUAUUGACCUAGCAACUCAAGAAGGCCGGGUGCUAUCGGUCUGAAACAUGUGUUUUCACCCAGGAACUUU